AUGUCGGGCUGCAAUAGAGAGCCAGUAAAGGUUGUGAUCAUCAACACCCAUUAUGUGGAAACUGAUGCUAUGAGCUUCAAAUCUGUUGUGCAAAAGCUGACUGGUAAAGAUUCAACGGUAGCAGAAGGGAAAGAGAAAGACAGCAAGAUUUUGAAAGAAAGAAUGGAGAGGAUGGCGGCGAAAACUUGGUCCGGCUCCAGUGGUAAUAAGGCGGCUUUGAUGAAGAAUUUGUCGUUCAAGGAGUUUGAUAAAUUGCUUAGAGAGAUGCCACCAAUGUAUGAGCUAUGGGAAUGA